CGUGAACCUGGUACGGGGAAUUGGCUGCUCCAGGGACCCGGGUAUAUCGACUGGAAGGAAGGUAGAAGGGGGCUUCUCUGGCUUCACGGUAUACGUGAGUUUACACACUAGUGAAAUCUUAUGCCUCAAGGAAGGUCAUUAAUAUUUGUCUCUUAUAGCCGGGUGUGGAAAAAGCGUGCUCAGGUGCGAACCCAACUGGGUAUCCAAGGGUACAAUAUGAUUUCGUGAUUGCUAACUCUCUUUAGUGCUACUGUUGUUGAGGAUGUUGAAGAACUCUGCAACUCGAAAGACGAUCACGCAUUAGCAUAUUUCUACUUUACCUUUAGUGACUCGGAGAAGCAAAAUUUGGAGAAUAUGCUUCUAUCCAUCAUUGGCCAACUUCCAAAACGGCCUUCGGAGCUGGGUUUGCCGGCCGCGGUUGUGGAUCUGUACAACAGCACCGGAGCAAUUGGAAAGUCGGCGAAUACCAAGGCUCUGAAAGACGUAUUGUCACACAUUAUAAAGGGGUUCAAGAAGACAUUUAUCAUUUUAGAUGCCUUGGACGAGUUCCCGAAGGCCAUGCGCGGGGGCCUCCUAUCUUGGAUUGGCGAGCUCAGGGCGGAUCACAAUCAGGGAUCACUCUCGGUUCUUGUCACUAGCCGCCCCGAGGGCGAUAUAAUAGGGUCACUGGGACUACUUGACCCUUUUGCAAUAUCACUACAAUCCAGCACUAUCGAUCCGGAUAUCCGCGCAUAUAUUCUAAACUCUCUAGCCAAAAAGGAUGGUUUAAAGGAAUUUUCGCAAGAAAUCAAGAGUGAGAUAGAGGAAACGCUAGUUUCGGGUUCACAGGGAAUGUGUGUUACGCCCAAUUAUUGAAUCCCUGCUUGUGCUAAUCUCGCAACGCGUGUUUGCAGGUUCCGAUGGGUAGAUUGUCUCCUACGAAUUCUGGAAGAAUGCAUAACGCCAAAAUCGGUGCGGGAUACGUUAAAGGAACUCCCGGAGGACUUAGAUUCUAUCUACGUGCGGAUCCUCGAUACCAUUCCUAAGAAGCAGAAGGAAUAUAUUCGGCGAGCGAUGAAUUGGCUGGUGUUUUCGGCAGAACCAUUGACAUUAGGCCAGCUUGCGGAGGUCGUUGGGAUACAAUAUGAUGUCGACAAGUAUAGCGAGGAUUCGGAAAACCGAGUCGACACGAA